CCGCCCCUCCACACCUGCGCGUAGCUGCGAGGACGUUGGCCCGUGGCGGGGAAUGGCGGCGUCUUCCAGUGGCGAGAAGGAGAAGGAGCGGCCGGGCGGCGGCUCGGGAGCUGCAGGCGGUAACAGCACGCGUGAGAGGCUGCUGUCUGCGCUGGAAGAUCUGGAGGUCUUGUCGAGAGAACUUAUAGAAAUGCUGGCGAUUUCAAGAAACCAAAAGUUGUUACAGUCUGGAGAGGAAAACCAGGUCCUGGAGUUGUUAAUUCAUAGAGAUGGGGAAUUUCAAGAACUAAUGAAAUUGGCACUUAAUCAGGGAAAAAUCCAUCAUGAAAUGCAAGUUUUAGAAAAAGAAGUAGAAAAAAGAGACAGUGAUAUUCAGCAACUACAAAAACAGCUAAAGGAAGCAGAACAGAUACUGGCAACAGCUGUUUACCAAGCAAAAGAAAAACUCAAGUCAAUAGAAAAAGCAAGAAAAGGUGCCGUCUCCUCUGAAGAAAUAAUUAAGUACGCACAUAGGAUUAGUGCAAGUAAUGCUGUGUGUGCCCCACUGACCUGGGUCCCAGGGGACCCACGGAGACCAUACCCAACUGAUUUGGAGAUGAGAAGUGGAUUAUUGGGCCAGAUGAACAACCCUUCCACUAAUGGAGUGAACGGUCAUCUACCAGGGGACGCACUUGCAGCAGGCAGAUUGCCAGAUGUCCUUGCUCCACAGUACCCAUGGCAGUCAAAUGAUAUGGCAGUGAAUAUGUUACCACCAAAUCACAGUAGCGACUUUGUGUUGGAGCCUCCAGGACACAACAAAGAAAAUGAAGAUGAUGUAGAGGUUAUGUCAACAGACUCCUCAAGCAGUAGCAGUGACUCUGAUUAAAAAAGCGUAAGACAAAACAUACGGAAUUGAAUACCAUCAAAUUCUGUUCCUUAAAUAAUUGCAAACCUGUAAAAAUAGCCAGGUGAUAAUUGGCUAUAGUGGAAUUGUGCUGCCUAUUAAAAAUCACAGUGGACUUGCUUUUUAAAGCCAAAAAUCAUGGUUUCAGUUCUAAACCACUACGUGAAUAUUUAGAGAAGAUCAAAAUUUACUGUUAGAAAAAAAGAUUAUUCAGUUCAGUGCCGUCUUGUUCUAUUCCAGUUGUGUUGGACUUGUGCAUAGUAGUUCUGGAAAUAAGAUUUUAGGGAAAUGACCCAUGUACAUAUCACUAAUAGGCCUCCUGGAAUUAUUAAGAAAAGCAUAAACAAAGGCAGCAGAUCACUGAAUGUGCAUCAUAACUCAGAAUAACAGAAACCCUCAUUUGAAAGUAAAGGCUGUUAGCUUCUGUCACAGGAACAGGAGAAAUCGUCUCAGUUUGUACUAUUUGUAAUUAUUGUAUAUUUUGUAAACUCACUUUUGUUUGUACUUUCUAUGCUUUUUUUUUAAAUUAUACUUUCAGCAUAGGUAGGAUAUUUCUGUAAAUCCAGUUGCAUUUUGUACAUACUUUAGAAUUUGGAGGAUCUGAACUAGUUAAUAACCAACUUUGGUAGGUUUCUUAAAGGCACACACUGCCAU